AUGCAUCAACGCACAUUACUCUCCGCCUCUCGCGGUGUUCUCCUUUCCCGCCGUGCUUCUUUAGCGUAUCUCACCUGCAAAUCAUGCCGAACGCGCUUGAACUUCGGCUUCUCUGCCCGGCGAUCCCUCGCAACACUCCCGAACCUCCCUCUUUUUCGCGCCCUGAAGAACCACGAUCCCGCCAGCCUCGCGGUAGUACAUAACCCGUCGUUUCGGUCAUUUACAUAUGGGAACCUUGUCGCGGAUGUUGUCCAGGCGCAGGAUCGGCUUUUGAAGUCAUCUGGUAGCGGGCGCGAUGGGCUGCGAGGGGAACGAGUCGCAUUUCUUGCGGAGAAUAGCUAUGACUACGUAGUGAUGCUUCUUUCGAUUGUUGCUAGCGACGCAAUUGCCGUUCCAUUAUCGACGGGGUUUCCGAUCCACGAGUUGAAGUAUAUCAUGGAUAACUCUCAGGCAGGGAUGCUGGUUGCUACGAAGCGGUAUGAAGAUAUAGCGCAGAAUAUAAUGGACGGAGGCUUAGAUCGCCAGCCUAUCCUUGAUGUGCGGAGCAAAAUUACGGCUGGUGCGUCCGGGAUUGGGGUUAUAGAACUGGAAGGUUUGGAUGGGGUAAACGGCGGUAUGAUGCUGUAUACGUCUGGGACGACGAAUCGUCCGAAAGGCGUUUUGAUUCCGCAGUCUGCACUCGCGGCGCAAGCCGCUUCUCUGGUAGAAGCGUGGAAAUACAGUCCGGAUGACAGGCUUCUGCACCUUCUCCCACUGCACCACAUCCACGGAACAGUGAACGCGAUUCUCACGCCAAUUCUAUCAGGCUCAUCAAUCGAGUUCAUGUUCCCAUUCAACCCCACUGCGGUAUGGAAACGGCUUGCCGAGCCCUUUUUACCAGAGGGGACGAGAGACAAAAUCACAUUCCUCAACGCCGUACCAACUAUUUACAAUCGCCUCCUAUCAAUCUAUCCCACUCUCCCUCCGGAAAUCCAGCAAGCAGCGAAGAUCGGCAUCUCCCCCGAACACCUGCGGCUCAACAUCUCCGGCUCCGCAGCACUUCCUACCCCAACGAAGAAAGCCUGGCAGAAUGUCAGCAACGGCAACGUCCUCCUCGAGCGCUAUGGCAUGACUGAAGUCGGUAUGGCGCUUAGCUGCGGACUCGACUUCGCGGAUCGCGUCGACGGCAGCGUCGGCUGGCCUCUACCUUCCGUUGAAGUCCGACUCGUAGACACCGACACAAACGAGGUCAUCCAUCCUGGCGAAGAAACAGACGCUAGUGGAAGAAUUCGUGAAGGAGAAAUCCAGCUCCGUGGCCCAACCAUCUUCCGCGAGUACUGGGGCAACGAAAAAGCGACAAGAGAAACGUUCGCUCCGGACUCUGACGGUAAGGGGUCUUGGUUUAAAACCGGUGAUGUCGCGACCCGCCGUACCGUUGAAGCUGCUGGCCGGGAAAUGAGUGGCGAUUGGGCGAAGGGGCCUAUGUACUUCAUUCAAGGCCGGCGCAGCGUAGACAUUAUCAAGAUUGGCGGGGAGAAAGUCAGCGCAUUGGAAGUUGAGCGGGAGUUGCUAUCUCUGCCGCAAAUCGCAGAGGCAGCCGUUGUCGGUCUUCCUUCCGAGCAAUGGGGCCAGAAAGUCGUAGCGAUCGUCGUGCUUAAUACCGAGGUUGCCGCGCAAACAGGCCGCAACGGGAAACCCUGGGGCGCGCUAGAUAUGCGUCGCGCCCUGAAAGAUCGUUUGGCGGGGUAUAAGUUGCCGUCUGAGAUGAAGGUUUUGGACGGGGCCAUUCCGCGAAACGCGAUGGGGAAGGUUAAUAAGAAGAUGCUUGUUAAGGAGGUUUUUGGGGUUUAA